UUCAACAUUGCAGGUAUUGCAUCAAGCACGGAAUCAAGAUGGCGGACUUUGUUUUGGUAGCUGCGAGUUUCAGACCAAAAACAUGAAUUUAUGCCGUUUUUUGGCCAUAUUUUGGUAGUUAGGAAUGCCUAAGGUGAUGCAGAGAGUAAGCUGAUAUUUUCUAGAUUGGAAAUUUGAAAACACCUUCGCAAAAUGUCGAGUUUCGACGACUUUGAAGAGAGCUUGAAGCGACCGGUGGAAACUGACACACCAAAACAACCCAUCAAAAUUCUGGAACCAGCUCUGAAAAACUUCACAAAAAUCGCCAUCCCGCACAUUCUGGAGAAACUUCACACUCACAAGAUCAACAUUGAAAAGUACCAAAGAAGUGGGAAAUGGGACAAGCUGAAUGCAGAACAAAUUGAUGCCAGCAGAGCGCUACAGCAAUUGAAAGCGACGAUGCGUGACAUGGACCGAACCCGGCAGCAGAUUCGUGAUGAGGAUGUGGAGUUGUUUGACAGGCGGGUGAGUCCUGUGAGAGACGAGGCCUUCAGGGCUGUGGCUGACUUCAUGGAGAUGUACGCAGAACCCGUGGAACCUCUGGCAGACGUGGAGCCUGUUAUUAUACCACAUCAGACUGGUAAACAAGGAAUUGCAAGGAGCACUAGCAGAGAGUUGGGAAGAGAAGACACCCCACCUGAUGUAACCAUGGCACAGGAGCAGAAACAAUUACCCAGCAUUCCUCAGGACCAGCCUGCCUUGCAGUCAUGGGGGAACCUGAGAGAGGAUCUUGUAGAGCUGAAUGAUCUCAUCCACGAAUUUUCUACCAUGGUCCAUGACCAAGGAGAAAAAGUAGACAGGAUACAGGACCAUGUAGAACAGGCUCAUGGGAAUGUGCAGUCUGGGGUCAAGGAACUAGGAAAGGCUGCUAAGUACAAGGCGGCCAUGUUCCCCGUGGCGGGCGCUCUGAUUGGUGGAGUGCUCGGAGGGCCCAUCGGAUUGUUUGCGGGAAUGAAGAUCGGUGCAGGGGCAGCUGUGGGAGGAGGAAUACUGGGUUUUGCUGGAGGUUCCAUGUGGAAGAAACGACAGUCUAAACAACUGGACAUAGAGCUGGAGAAGAUGUCGGACAGACAGAGUCAGAGUUAUCCCGACUUCAAAGCUACGCCAAGCGGCGACGUCACCAAGUCAGACACGGGAUACCACAGACGACCCUCCGCGUAACAUCGCGAAUAAGCUGG